CACGGGUCCGCUGGUGGCGGGCUUCUCUUCACUCCUCGUGGGCCCUGACUCAGUGUCUAAUGGAGCUUUCUUAUCAGACUCUCAAACUCACGCACCAGGCGCGGGAAGCGUAUGAGAUGAGAACAGAAGCCCGGCGGAAAAACCUUCUCAUUUUGAUUUUGCAUUAUUUAACACAAGAAGGCUAUAUCGAUACGGCUAAAGCACUGGAGGAAGAGACUAAGAUGGGGUUAAGGCGCUUUGAAGUUUGUGACAAUGUUGACCUAGAAACAAUUUUGAUGGAAUAUGAGAGCUAUUAUUUUGUAAAGUUCCAGAAGUACCCCAAAAUGGUUAAGAAGGCGCCAGAGACAGCAGAAAACAAUUUACCACCAAGAAGCGGAGGGAAGAACAACAGAAGGGUGACAAAUGACAAUUGUCAAAAUCUCCCCAAGAUCUGUCAGCAGAAACCACGACCCAAAACCUCAAUAGUGAAGACAGGGGACACCAAAUCUGUCAAGGACCAUUCUAAACAGGAGAAUGUCAGUAAUGCUCAAGUAGAGAAUGCUGACUUUGGCCUAAACAUAUCAAAAAUCCAGAAGAAUGGCACAGAGGAAAAGGCCCAUCCACGAAGAGGCCAAAUCAUUGACUUCCGAGGGCUGCUCACAGAUGCUAUCAAAGGAGCCACCAACGAACUCGCCUUGAACACUUUUGAAUGUAACCCAGACCCUUCGGAGCGGCUGCUGAAACCUCUGAGUGCAUUUAUUGGCAUGAACAGUGAGAUGCGAGAACUGGCAGCCGUGGUGAGCCGGGACAUUUAUCUCCAUAACCCCAACAUAAAGUGGAACGAUAUUAUUGGACUGGACGCGGCCAAGCAGUUAGUCAAAGAAGCCGUUGUGUACCCAAUAAGGUACCCACAGCUGUUUACAGGCAUCCUCUCCCCUUGGAAAGGUCUGCUGCUUUACGGCCCUCCAGGUACAGGAAAGACGCUGCUGGCCAAAGCCGUGGCCACCGAGUGCAAAACGACUUUCUUUAACAUUUCUGCCUCCACCAUUGUCAGCAAGUGGAGAGGAGAUUCAGAAAAACUUGUCCGGGUGCUGUUUGAACUUGCCCGCUAUCAUGCCCCCUCCACGAUCUUCCUGGACGAGCUGGAGUCUGUGAUAAGUCAGAGAGGCAUGACUCCUGGGGGAGAACACGAAGGGAGCCUCCGAAUGAAGACGGAGCUCCUGGUGCAGAUGGACGGGUUGGCCCGCUCGGAGGAUCUCGUGUUUGUCUUAGCAGCAUCUAACCUGCCGUGGGAGCUGGACUGUGCCAUGUUACGGCGCCUGGAGAAGAGGAUUCUGGUUGAUCUCCCCAGCCAAGAGGCCAGACAGGCCAUGAUCUGCCACUGGCUGCCCCCCGUGAGCAAGAGCCAUGCCCUAGAGCUGCGCACAGAGCUGGAGUACAGCGUGCUGAGUCAGGAGACGGAGGGCUACUCAGGCUCCGACAUUAAGCUGGUCUGCAGGGAGGCAGCCAUGCGGCCCGUGAGAAAGAUCUUCAGUGUGCUCGAAAGUCACCAGUCAGAGAGCAGCGAUUUCCCUGUGAUCCAGCUGGAUACCGUGACCACGGAGGACUUUUUGGAUGUGUUGGCUCACACCAAGCCUUCAGCGAAGAAUCUGACUGAGAGAUACUUGGCUUGGCAAAAGGAGUUUGAGUCUGUGUAAAUAAAACUGCACUCAGCCUGACCUGGCCAGAGGCAGUGAGAGCCUCCACCGCGUGACUGGGCUGGAAGGGAGGAGAUUUUUCUUGAACGCUGGAUGAAUCUGGACAAAUGUGUUAUUUUGGAGACAAGAUCUUGUGUCAUGGAUGUCAGCAAAGUGAAGGCUUUGGUCACGAGUGUGUGGGUCAGGCAAUGGAGGGUUUCUUACAAUUCCACUAUAAAAGUUUGAAGAAGUUUCUUGAGGUAUUCCUUAUUUGCAAACUGAAGUCUUCAUUUUGAAGAAAAGUAUUUUCUUAGUCUCUGUUCUUAAUUUCUUUCUUGUUAACACAUUCUCAAGCCUGUGAGGUACCAUCAGUAUCCCCUCCCUCCCUCCUUCCCUCUCUCUCCCUUCCUUUCCUCCACCACAGGGUCUCAUUGUGUAGUGCUGACUGGCUUGGAACUCACUUUGUAGAUCAGGCUGGCUUUGAACUCACAGAGAUCUCCCUGCCUCUGCCUCCCGAGGAUCAGGGUUAAAGUGCUUCCCAAACACAUCCAGCAGUAUGCUUUUCUAAAUAGCUGAACACCUCAUGUGACUCUUGUUUCCCACUCCCUCUGCUCUAGGGGAAGGAGACCACCAUAGAUGCCCAACUCACUCUUUUCAGUCCCUCUGCCCUAGCUGACCACCAUGACCACUGGCCUGCCACCAAGCCCUUAACUUGUUUUCCCAGGGAAUAAAGGGAAAUCUCUAUUCUCCUGCCCUGGCUACUCAGGGCUUCUGAGUACGGAACUAUCCACUGGAGCUGCUGGGCUGGCUCAUCCGUGGGCAUAUGACUGAGUAUAAUGAUACCCCCAUAGCAUUCAUCAAUAAACAGUAGCUACCCAGGGAAGGGCAGACUCAUAAGCCCCUCCCCAAUCCAUGACUGAUUGAUAGUCCCAGUCUCUCCCCCACCCCAACCCUGAAACGGGGUUUCUCUGUGUAACAGAGCCCUGGAUGUUCUGGAACUCACUCUGUAGACCAGGCUGGCCUCAAACUCACAGAGAUCUACCUGCCUCUGCCUCCCAAGUGCUGGGAUUAAAGGUGUGUGCGACCACCCAGCAAUAGGCCCAGUCUUGGCAGCCCUGUACAGGUGACUGCAGCUGAUGAACUGAUGAUUGUAAAACCAAGACAUUCUUAGCAGAGUGGUGUGCAGCCCAUCUCCCUGUCACCCAGCUCUUCUGAGAUGUUCUCUCAACUAUAUAGAAGGGCCUAUAGUUAUUUUUAGUGGGUCAAAGGGUUGGGAAGAUAGCUCAGCUGCCUUGCCUUACAAAUAUGAGGACCUGAGUUUGACCCUAGCAUUCACAUAAAAAUGCCAGGUCUAGGGUACAAGCUUCAAAUUAGCAUGAGAGGGAGGAAACCCUGGCUCACUGGCCAGGCAGGCUAGCCUAUUUGGUGAGCUCCAGGUCAAUGGGAUCCUGCC